GCGCCUUGGCUUUUGCUCCAGAGCUUUCCCUGCAAAAACCUGCUCUUUAAAGCGGAAUCAGAACAAAGCUCUGGAGAAGGGGGGGCACUCACACGUGGAGCUUUAAAGGGGGGGAGGUGGUGUGGUAAUAAUAAUAAUAAUAAUAAUAAUAAUAAUAAUAAUAAUAAUAAUAAUAAUUUAUUAUUUGUACCCCGCCCAUCUGACUAGGUUACCCCAACCACCUUGGGUGGCUUCCAGCAUAUAUAAAAACGCAAAGAUGGCUCCAGCACAGAAUGCAGGACCAGCUGAAGUAUGUGAGGAGUUGGACCAGGUCAUCCUCCACCUUUUUGAUACUCUGGAGAUGCUCCAGACCAAGAGGAAAGCUUUUAACAACUUGAUAGAGCAGGGUUGGUUCUCGCUCUCCAAGUCCCGCUAUGCCAUGGGUAACAAAUCUGUCUCUCCCCUUCAGUAUGGACAUCAGAUGACUCCAAUGGUUCAGGUGAAAACUAGAAAGAAAGACAAUGGUCAGAUGGGGUUUCAUGUGGUGUCAGAGGAUGUGAAGGCUGCCAAACCAACAGCUUCAGAUGCUGUGGAGGAAAUUGGCCCUAGUGAGCAAGUUCUACGAUGGCGAAAAGGUCCAGGGAAAGCACAGGCUCCAGCCCAGCCCCCAAAAGCCUCCCACAAGGCUGCCGAGGGAUCAGGGCAUCAAAAUCCCCUGACAUGGUUUGGAAUCCUUGUGCCCCAAAGCCUCCGACAAGCCCAAAGGACUUUCCAAGAAGGAAUUCAACUGGCUGCAGAAAUCGCCUCGUUACAGAGUGACAUUGAGACCACACAGAGACAUUACCAUGCAUUGCUGGGGGAAAAGCACAAACUUGUAGCAAGGGAAAAGCAACGCUGCCCUUGAACAGCUAUGACCAUCUCUCUGCUGAGAGCAUAGAUAGAAGAAUGGGGCCUGUAUUUAUUGGGAUGCAUCCCAGAAGCCGCUUGAUCCAUGUAUUUUUUAGCUGUACUUAAUAAAUAAGGGCUUCAGAAACGUCUGGAAACCUUGUUUGUUGA